UGAAAAUGUGGUCAUGAACAUUGAAUGUACCACAAACAAUCAUUUAGAUAGUGGUGUUUUCACCAAGCAGUUCCUGCUAUUUUCUGUUAGUCGAGUAAUUCACGUUGAACGGAAUUCAUCGUCGAUAUACAAAAUCGGUGUUUUUGAGUAUUUAGUUCGAGUCCAAACUGGUUUACAAGAAAACAUUGUUUUGUUAUUUAAUCAACAAUAUUUUUAAGACUCAAAUUUUUACCUCAUUUUUCAAUUUAAUUUCAAUUUGUGUUUUUUUUCCGAAAUAAACAUGAAACGAUAAAUAGUAAAUUGAUUGUCUAAAUAAUUUUCCAAUCAAAAUGACUAUAUUCGAGUAAGAGUUUAUAUUGACAAUUCUUCAAAAACUGUGGGCAAUUUCUACACCUCAGGCGCAAAACAACAUGUGGCUAUAUAGUAUGCAAUGUCAUCAGAAGCGAAAAAGAUCUCUACGGUGCAUUUACUUUGGAAUAUGGAUUUUAUUGCUGAUAACACCGACCAGUGCUUGGAGAGCAUGCUCAGAACUGAGUCCAGCUCUGCGAUUUCCUUGCAGGUGUACCCUAGACGAAUUCGGACCGAAAGUACAAACUGUUGCUAUGGAUUGUGACAACACUGUUUUUGCCGGUGGUGCACCGGUAUUUCCGAAAGGUGCACCAAUAACCAUAUAUUCACAGAGAUAUAGUGGACAGCAAACAAUUCCAGUUCAGGCAUUCGCCUCAGCAUGGAUACCAGUCAGAAAUUUGGACUUUUCUCACAACUUAAUUCGAAGAUUACAGGACAAAAUUUUCAACGGAAUUCAGGACACAUUAUCAGUUUUGAAUUUGAGUGAUAAUCUGCUCGGCGACUCGUUGAAUCCAAUUUUCUCCACGGCCGAAUUCCAUGUAUUGUCGAGCCUGAAAGUUUUGGAUUUGUCUGGCAAUCAAAUAAAAGGUUUGGAGGAAGGCAUUUUGAAAGGAUGUGAGACGCUGCAGGAAAUUCAACUGAACCGAAAUAACUUCAUCAAUGUACCAUCGAAUUCUCUGAAUGGACCAAAUGCGUUGAAAAUUUUGUCACUGCGCUACAAUCACAUCGAUACAUUGAAGCAACAAGCAUUUGCAGCACAAGCGUCCCUCGAACGACUAGAUCUUCGAGACAAUCGCAUCACAACAAUCGAAAGCGGUGCGUUUGAUGGACUGAACCAGCCGAAAGAAAUUUAUUUGUCCGGAAAUCGUCUAUCGAAAAUGAAUAGCGAUGUUUUUCAGGGAGCCUCAUCUCUGCAAAAACUUGAUUUGUCGGAGAAUUUCAUUACGAGCUUUCCAACAAUCGCCCUACAAACGAUCGAAAAUUUGAAAGUUUUAAAUCUGUCGUCGAACAUGAUUUACCAUUUGGACUCGACGAAUUUCGAGCACUUGAAAAGUUUACAAAUUCUUGACCUUAGCCGGAAUGGAAUUUUCUCAGUUCCGCCAUCAACAUUUAGAGAUUUGAACGCACUGCGGUACCUUGAUUUGAGUCUGAACUCAUUGCGAACGAUUGAAGACGAUGCCUUCGAAGGAUUAGAUUCUCUGCAAACUCUAAUCAUCAGAGACAACAACAUUUUAUUGAUACCAGGCAGUGCACUCGGACGACUUCCACGGUUGUCAAACCUUUACUUAGACUACAACCGUGUUGCGGCUCUAUCGUCUGAUAUCUUGGGUUCCAUUCAACCGGAAGACAUUACCCAUAUGUCUCUGUCGCGAAAUGUUAUACGAGAACUGCCAGCGGGUAGUUUUCAAAUGUUCAAGAAAUUACGGUACCUGGACUUAUCGGGUAAUUCAUUGGCUAGCAUUAAUGCCGAUACUUUUGCUGGAUUGCAAACCUCUCUGAACGAAUUAAGAAUAUCGCAGAACAAGAUUACCGGCCUAGGAACAACACCGAUUGUGCUGCGUGGCCUUCGGAUUCUCGAUUUUAGUUACAACGACUUGGUGGACGUCCCACGAGACGCAUUCGUUGGAAUGGAAAACUUACAAUACCUCAAUUUGAGCAACAACAACCAUCUGUCACCAGUUACAGUUACCCUGUUCCAUCCGUUGACCAAAUUGAAAGUCCUAGACUUGAGCAGCACUGGCAUGAAAACGCUUCCAAUCGAAUUGUUUGCCAAUUCGCAGGAUAUCGAAGUGAUCAAAAUAUCCCACAACAGCAUACAGGAGGUUUCGGAUGGUUCGUUUGCCAAUUUAAGGAACAUAUCAAGUAUCGAUCUGUCGUACAACAAAAUUAUGAGCAUUCGAUCGUCAGCUUUUAUCAAUCUGAUGAACAUUCGAAAACUGAAUCUGCGCGGAAACCAGUUAAGCGCCUUCAAAGGUGAAUUUUUCAAUACCGGAACAAGCUUGGAAGAAAUUGAUGUGUCGAACAAUCAGCUGAGCUACCUGUUCCCAUCGUCAUUCCGCAUCCAUCCAAGAUUGAAGCGCAUCGAUGCAUCAAAUAAUAAAAUCCAUUUCUUCCCAUCGGAGCUGAUUUUGUCGCUGCAAUUUCUGGAAUCUGUAGAUUUGUCCACCAACUCGCUACGAACUGUCGACGAAUUGGAUUUCGCCCGAUUGCCACGUCUUCGUAGACUUAACAUGGCUGAUAAUGAGUUGGAAACCAUCAGUGAAAUGGCAUUCCACAAUUCGACACAGUUGCAGGUGAUCGAUCUCAGUGGUAACAAAUUGGACCGAAUCGGUGAACGAACAUUCGAAGGACUAAUACGUUUGGAGCAAUUGAACUUGAUGGGAAAUAAAUUGUCUGAACUUCCCGACGCUAUAUUCGAACGGAACAAGCUGCAGAUUAUGGAAAACAUUAAUUUGUCGCACAAUAAGUUCGAAAUCGUUCCAUUCAAAUCGUUGCAGCGACAAUAUUUCUUCGUCGUUUCGGUGGAUCUCAGCCACAACAAAUUGAAGUACAUUCCGGCUGAAGACAGUAUGAUGGUGAAUAUCAAAAAAUUGGAUCUGUCUUUCAAUCCACUGACCAAGGAGGCCCUAGACAUUGUACUGAAAGAACCGAAAACGGUACGCGAAUUGAAUCUGGCCGGAACGGGCCUGAAAGAAAUUACAGCAUUGGAGACUCCGUUUUUGCAGAUUUUGAAUUUAUCGUACAACGACAUUACUGACAUCAGUAAGAAUGCAUUCCAACGGGCUACAUUACUCGAGACAUUGGAUCUGUCUAGCAAUCUAUUGACAGAUGCAGAAGCACUAUCGGAUAUUUGGCCAAUGGUCGAUAAAUUAAUGUUUCUCGAUCUGUCCAAUAAUUCAUUUGAAGCAAUAGCUCAGGGUAAUUUGGAUGGUCUCGAUAUGUUGAAGACGUUAAACCUUGUCGGUUUGAAGAAUUGCAGCCGACUAGAGAAGAAUGCAUUCAAGAAUCUCAUGAAUUUGAAUGAAUUGAGAGCAUACGAUUUGCCUCGAUUGGGAUACCUAGACGUUCAAGGCAUUGUCGAACUUCUACCGGCGCUCAGAAUCUUGGAUAUUGAAAUUAAGGAUUCUACAGUUGGUGACGAUGAUAUUCAAGCGUCCAAGCAUCCACGUCUUAGAGAGCUUGGUCUACGUGGCCAACGUUUGCUAAGCAUAACUCCAAGCACUUUCGCCAGUUUGAAGAAUAAAAAUUUGAAUAUCAAAUUGUGCAACACAUCAAUCAAUUCGUUGCCACCAACACUCCUGUUCCCGAUUCCUCGAUCAUCCAAUCUAGAUCUGGACAUUACCGGCUCUGAUAUCAAAGUUCUCACACCCCAACUGCUCAAUGUGUUUGAAGAUCGACGAAACAGUUUCCACUUGAAAGGUCUGAACUCGAACCCAAUUCAUUGCGAUUGCAAUGCGAGGGCUCUGCGGCGAUGGUUACCGGGUUCGAAAAUGCCCGAGCUGAAAUGUGCCAGUCCAUCGUAUUUGAGUGGAAAACUUCUCAUCGAAGUCGGUGACGAUGAACUGACUUGUGAUCCAAAGAAAUUGACGACAACCGAGGCGCCCAAAACUGUCAGCAACAUUGUACACAAGUCUACCAGUCGGGUGUACCUGCGGCCGUCAACUGCUGAACCGGAAAUAAUUUGGAGUAUGCCACCGACACAGCCUCCGAUCAAAAUCAAAACAAAAGCACCUCUAUUGAAAGCAAACACUUUGAACAAUGACGACACUUUGAUCAUCGGCAUAGUGGGUGGUGUGGUUGCUUUCAUUGCAAUUCUCAUCAUCAUCAUUUGCAUUGUUCGAUUGCGUAUGAGUAGCCAAAACUACCAUUCGCCACCGCCAAUGGCUAUGGGUAUGCCAAUGGGACCGGGAAGUGUGCAGUUAAGUUACAAAGGAGCUCCAGCUCCAGCCUUUUACACUGUUCCAUCGUAUGCACAAAGCUAUUCAACGUUGCCACAUAAAAAUCUUCCGUCACAUCAUCAGUCUCAACAAAGUCUGAAUCAAUCCAGGGCCGGCUAUUCAACAAUGGGACGGGGACCAUACAUGCAACAGACAGCGAAUGGUCAGCCAUUUAUCAUCUAAAGUCAAUUCUCUUAUUUUUCUUCAAUUUUUCUUUGAAAUUAUCGUUUCAUAAACGGUAAACUACAACUGAAAAACCUGUCACAGGUGUGCUUGGAACUUUCAAAUAAAUCAAAAUCCGGUCAGAACAGGAAAUAUUUUCGUGAGAAAAUCUCGAUGAUUCGUUGAAAUACGA